CCACCAGCAUGUUUCCAUUCCAAAGCGCUCGUACAGAUCACCGAUCAGUCGCUUAUACCAACCUUGUGACAAAUCAGUCAUAUAACGUUGGCGAGAGCAUUGAAGAGCACCAUAUCAAUCAACUGAGUAGCAAUGUCAGUGACACUGAUGGUAACGAUUCGCACGAUAGCACAGUCCGAAACAGCAUGACUAGCCCUCAUCUAAAGGAUGAUUUACCCAAGACCUAUACUGGACCAGCAGUUGAAGGCUGGCCCACCGCUCCUCGGAAGCUUCGCGGCUUCUCAGUGCAAUUACUGAUUGGAGACACGCUUUUGAUCUUGUUGCCAGUCGCAUUUCUUGCGCUCGGGAUUUCUGCAUGGCAACUCAAUGGAAAGGAGUUGUCGAGUAACGGCCAAGCUGUGGAACGUGCGAUGAGCCUAGGUCCAACAAUAUAUCCCCUUGCUUUUGCUGCGAUUAGUGGCCGAUGUUUGAGAAGCAUAGCUGUCCGUCUCGCAGAGCGGGGAACCACUUUAUUGAUGUUGGAAAGACUCUUGGGUAGCCAAAGUCUUGUUUCUGCGAUUGGUACUGCAUGGAGCCUUCGCUCGGCCAACUCCAUCUCAAUUUGUCUCCUCCUACUCUGGGCUCUAUCACCAUUGGGUGGGCAAAGCUCACUUCGUCUGUUGCACCAGACGAAUUCCACGGUGUCAGAAAAUGGUACAAUCUACUACUCUAACCCUGUAGCACCUAUAGAUAUCGAAGAGGCUGGUAACUGGCUUCCCAUUGUUUCCACGGUCCUCACCGCGAGUCUAGCAGCUUCCGUAGAAGACAGAGCCAGAAGUGUUGACUCAUGGAACCAUCCGAGAGUACCAAGACUCGACACGAUAGAGCAAAAGGCUGUUACCGAUGCCUUGGAAGAGACCUGGAUCGAUGUGGACUCGAGCAAGAACCAAACGUAUUCUUCAUGGACUGGGAUAAAUGUUCAAGGGUUACGCCAAACUACGCAUGCUGCAUUCCAAGUCAAGCACAACUACAUGUACCUUGACUGCCCACCUCCAUCUAUUGAUACGCCUGAAAACACCCUUGAUGGACUGUACGCAUCUAAUAUGGCCGUUUUUCCGCGAUUGGCUCGCACAGAGGCCAACCAAAGUGCUUCUGAUACGCUCACCAACGUCAGCAUCGCUGGUUCCACUGUGAGUGAGGUCUCGUCGCAGUCAUUUUUCCUGCGAGCUGCAAAAUUGACAAACAGCACUGAUGGAACACCAAACAUGACGACACCUUGGUUCUUCUUGGACCGGGAACCCAUAAGUUUUCUAUUUGGCCUCCACAUCUCAGGACGCCAGAAUGCCAACACUAAUUUACCCAUGGAGAGCUUAUUUGUAAUGUAUACGUGUUCUCUACAUAUCAUUACUGUGGAUGUGCAGAUUGUAUGUCGAUCAGGUGACUGUAGCGUGACUCGACUUCGUCGCAUUCCGAACGAGUCUGCUUCGUCUCUCGAAGCUGCUUGUGAAACUGGACCAUUUCAUCGAAUAGGAUGCAUGACAAACGCCACAAACACCGUCUUCCAGUUUCUGCGGUAUCUUCCUACGUCAGUAGCCUCACUAUUCUCGCACUAUAAGGAUCAAGCAACAACGAAUGGCGCCUUCACGAGGUGGCUUAUGGGCAGCGACGACCCCUUCGGCGCCUUAAAGCUGCUGUCACUCGCCACGAUCACGGAUCGGGAAAGAAUAAACCGUCUCACCACCAUGUUAAACACAUAUUUCCAAGGCUGCUCUUGGGGCUAUCAAGUCACCAGAGCUGCUUUAUACGACAAGCCAGAUUAUCCGUGGGCCGGUGAAAGAGAUUCACGCUCGCCCGACCGUUGGAUCAGCGCAAGCGAUGCCAUUUUCUCGGAUCUGGUACCGGUUUAUCGAGCAGAUGUGGGUUGGAUCAUGAGCCUCCUCCUGAUAAGUCUCAUCUUACUUAUGCUUGGUAUUGUCAAUUUAGCACAUUCGCUCACAACUAUUGCUCCCGACAUUUUCUACUACGCAUCCUCUCUGGCACGAGAAAAUCCGUACACCAAUACUCCAGAUGGAGGGACAGCUCUGAGCGGUUCGGAGCGCAGCCGUUUGCUGAAAAAUAUGAAGCUCCAGGUCGCAGAUGUAAGCCCAGAAAGCCAAUAUGGAUACGUCGCAGUGAAAAGUGUAGAAAGUCAAGAAGACUUCUUGCCGAGUCGUCUGAGGAAGGAUAGAAUGUAUUGGUAGCAGGUUCUCGAGUCGCUUGACCAUAAUGAUCCCAUAAAUACC